ACUUGAUAAUCUUCCCCCUCUUAAGUCUUGAUUCUUAUAUAAGAGAGUUGACUAGACACCUCGUCAAACAUCAUCAUACAUAUAUCGAUGUACCCAUACUGAGGUUACGACAAUAUUGGAUCGACCUGUCAUCGCAACCCUAAUCGGAGAUCAACCACUGGAACAACCAACCUCGACCUAUCAGGUACACUGCUUAAUUUAAUCCCGGAUUCUGAUGCCAUUGUUACCAGCUUGAUAUAUACUUUGCACGAAAAAGAUAAAUAAAAAGAUUUCUCGGGAUUCUUUGUCCUCGCCUCACCAUUCUUUCCAAUUGCUAUCAGUCCAAUGGCUGCUCGACAGUCGACGCCGUCGUCAGAGCAUUCAGCUCAUUCGGCUCAUUCAGAUAGUAAUGUGCGCAAGAGAGUGUGCAAAGCUUGUGAUCGAUGUCGAUUGAAAAAGUCAAAGUGUGACGGUGCCAGUCCAUGUGGUAGAUGUCGAGCCGAUAAUGCUAUUUGCGUCUUUGGCGAGCGCAAGAAAGCUCACGACAAGGUCUACCCCAAGGGAUACGUCGAAAUGCUCGAACAACAACAAAUUUGGCUCGUAAACGGUCUACAAGAAAUGUACCGCCGCACCCAAGAAGGCGAAGGCUGGAUCGGAGAACCGCUCAAAACCGAACCAAACGGUCACCCCUUAACCCACGACCUCCUCACCCGCUUGGGCGCACUAGAUCAUUCCAAGGGCGAACAUUUUGAGGACAAUGUGGAGUCUAUGCAGCAGAAGUUAUGGCAACAGAAUGCAGGGUUGAUGCAACGACAGGAAUCGUCGGAUGGAAGUUCGGAUAUUGCGCAUUCUCCUCCAGCGACUACCCUGAAUAUCAAUACGCAUGCAGCCCACCAACAUCAACAUCGGCAUAUGAAUAGUCAUCACGGCCGACGACAUCAUCCGUAUUCAGUGUCGCAGUAUGCAGAUGCAUUGGCAAGGCAUCAAUUACCACCCACUCCACCGGGAAGUUAUAGUCCUUCCUCGACGCAACAAAUGCCGUCUUUACCUCUCAUCAAAUCCGAACCACUCAUGACAACAUCCUCUUCAUUCUCAACAAUCCCGACCCCGAACUCGACAAUUUCGACAAAUAGCUCCACCACAAACACCUUUCUACAGCAACAAAACAUCAACCCCAUGGCCCUCCAACCCCAGACACCCUGGACAACCACAAGCUCCACCGACCUCAACUUCGACGACUUCGACCUCAGCGGCAAUGGCGGGAACCAAUUCUCAUCCUUAUUCGACGAUAUAUCGUCCUCUUCGUCACCGAUGUUUGGCCGCUCAUCACAACAGCAACAGCAACAACAGCAACAAAUGCCGAUAAAUUGUAUACCGCCGAGUAUGUUGUUUGAGCCUGGGAAUGAUGAUUUCAGUCAGUAUUUUAAUACCAAUACUGAGAUUUCUAUUUAAUUUGUCUCUUCCUUUUCUACGUCGACUAGUUUAUCAUGGGUGCGGGGUUUUGUUUUGGGAUAAUGGAUUGGGAGUUCGGUUUGGUCUAACGAAUGAAAUGGCAUGUAUAAAAUUUUAGUCUUAUCUCUUUUAUCGAUUCUUUUCUUUUCAUCGGUGCGUCGGUUCUAGAUAAAGAGUGAGCCCUCUUUUUUUUAACUUUAUGCACACGGGAUGGUUCUGUCAAUCUAUGACUCGUUGUCUGCUAGCGGUCUGGAGUUGGAAGGAGUAAUACCUACAAUUGAUUCUCGAUUUUCUUUUUUU